GCUGAGUUUCGGUUGUGAUCGCUCCUGAGUGGAGAGCAGUUUCCGUGUUGUGACUUUCUGCUGGAGUUUUGGGGGUUUGAGUCUAGAGCUCUGAGUGAAGAUGGGGGCCUGUAUGGCUUUGUGUUCUCUGGCGAGCUGCGCAUCGUGUCUGUGCGGCUCUGCCCCAUGCCUGCUGUCAGGGUGUUGCCCUUCCACCUACAAUUCCACUGUAACCCGCCUGGCCUUCUCCUUCUUAAUGCUGCUCGGCACUCUGGUGUCCAUCAUCAUGAUUAUGCCUGGCAUGGAGACACAACUGGAGAAGAUUCCUGGGUUCUGUGAGAAGGGCAUGUCCAUACCCGGUUUUCAGGGCAAGGUCAACUGUGAGGUCAUCGUGGGAUAUAAGUCAGUGUACAGGAUGUGCUUCGCCAUGACCUGCUUCUUUUUCCUCUUCUCCCUCAUCAUGAUUCGAGUGCGCAGCAGCAAGGAUCCACGAGGCGCCAUUCAGAACGGAUUCUGGUUCUUCAAGUUCCUGAUACUGGUUGGGAUAACUGUUGGAGCUUUUUUCAUUCCAGAUGGGACAUUUAACACAGUAUGGUACUACUUUGGCGUGGUGGGCUCCUUCAUCUUUAUCCUGAUUCAGCUGAUCCUGCUGGUGGAUUUUGCUCACAACUGGAACCAGCGAUGGGUGGAGAAUGCUGAGAAUGGGAGCAGGUGCUGGUAUGGAGCCCUGCUGUCCUUCACUAUUCUGCACUAUGCAUGUGCCUUUACUGCGAUGGUGCUGUUCUACGUGUACUACACUCAGCCGGAUGGCUGCACUGAACACAAAGUCUUCAUCAGCCUGAACCUCAUCUUCUGCAUCAUUGUGUCUAUUGUCUCUAUUCUCCCUAAAGUACAAGAAGCCCAGCCGAGCUCUGGCCUGCUGCAGUCUUCUCUCAUCUCCCUCUACACCAUGUACCUCACCUGGUCCGCCAUGUCCAACAACCCCAACCGUAAGUGUAACCCGAGCCUGCUGCAACUGGUAAGCAAUACCCCCUCUUCCAGUGAACCCAGCCCCACCAUUGCCCCAGGACAAGUGCAGUGGUGGGAUGCCCAGGGCAUUGUGGGUCUUGUCAUCUUCCUCUUUUGCACUCUGUAUGCCAGCAUCCGCUCAUCCAAUAACUCUCAAGUGAAUAAGCUGAUGCAGACAGAGGAGAGCCAGGGGCUGGCAGCAGACACAGAGGCAAUGGCUGGAGAGGAUGGAGUGCAUCGCGCUGUAGAUAACGAGGAGGAUGGAGUGACCUACAGCUACUCUUUCUUCCACUUCUGUCUGGUCCUGGCCUCUCUCUACAUUAUGAUGACUCUCACCAACUGGUAUCAGCCUGAUACAGACUACCAGGCCAUGCAGAGCACCAUGCCAGCCGUGUGGGUGAAGAUCAGCUCGAGUUGGCUGGUCUUGGCGUUGUACCUCUGGACUCUUGUGGCUCCUCUGAUCCUCUCUAACCGUGACUUUAACUAAACACCCAAAAUAUCACUCCACUCAGGUUUCAGUCAUUUAGCCCCAAUCUCUAUGUUGGGUUUCUAUUCCUAAAUAUGUUUUAAAAAGCAUAUCUUCUUAAACCAAAUCUAUACUUUAUAUUCUAAACGUGACUUUAGAUUCAGCUAAAACAUUACGCUGCAGCACAGUUAUCAGUGCAGUCCACGCUCUGCUCACAAAUGUGUUCUGCUGAGCUACUAAUAAACCAAAUAAAUGCUGGAAAAAUUCAUCCCCACAAACCCCUCCAACAUAUUAAGGUUGGAGCUUUAAUUCACCUUAUUAUGUCAGAGUUUCUAGUUUCUUUUGUACGAGGUAGAAAAUUUUAUAUAUCAACACGGUAGAUUUUAAAAUUAAGCAAUCAAAAUGUGAUUGAAGAAUAAUCCUUCCAUUUUCACAGGCAGUGCAUGUCCAGGGACUAUAGAAAUAUAUAAAAAGUAUAAAAAUACAUAUAAAAGUGAAACAUUAUAUAACCAAAAAGCCAAGCAUUUGCUUGCUACUCAAGGUUUUUUCCUUUAAUUUUGUCUGCACCAUGUUUUAUAGAUGCUGUGGUAUUACCCUGUCGUUCUUUAAUACUCACGUUUAUCUUAGUUUCAGUUGGUUAUAGACUUUUAUACAAUUAUUGAUUAUUGAAAGAAAAAAAAUCUGCACUCAUCUACUUUACUUACUAAAAUGUUUAUUGUUACUUACCAAUAUUGCUGUUAUAGCUCCUAAAGUUACUGUCUUAAACUUUUAUGUCUUAAAGGGCUGCACAAUAUAUUGUUUCAGCAUCGCCAUCGCAGUGCACAUAUGCACCAUAGUCAAAUUGCAGGACAUGUAAUAUCUGGUAAAAUGUCAAAUUAUAUUAUGCAAUCCUACAACUCCCUAUGUUGCUUGAUACAAGAGGAAAAUAGAUACUGUCCUCAUUCUCCUUUAGACAUUUAUCAGUGGCAGAUAUUAUAUGUCCAAUAUUAUCAUGCUACUCUUAUAUUGGAAACACAGAGUGCAUAAAUAAUAUCAUGGCAUGUUGGAUAAUUGAUUUUUGGUGAAAUUUGGUAGAAAAAAAAAAUAAAUAAAUAAAAUAAAAGUCCUGUAAUGUUUUUUACAUUUCACAUUAUAAAAUGCAGAAUGUCACUUUGUCGCAAUAUAUAUUUUUUUCUUAUUUUGUCCCAUAAAGUUACUGUCAUAAAGUUACUGUCAUAAAGUUACUUUUAAGCCUCCUUAAAUUACUAUCCUAAAGUUAGGGCUGCCCAAUAUAGCGUUACCUCUGCAGGAUGUGCAAUAUCUAGGGCAAUUUCAAAUUAUAUCAUGUUAUCCUACAUAUUUUUAAGCUGCUUGAUACAAAAGGAAAAUUUACACUAUUUUUAACCUCCAAUUACGCAAUUAGGCAAUUGUGUCCAUUGACCUUUAUUUUAAUCCAAGAAAAAGAUACACAGAUACACAGAGUGGAUAAUUAUUAGCAUGGCAAUGUUGAUAUGGUGAAUAUCCUAAAUAUCCCAUGCCUCUUUUUUUUUUUUUUAACUUGUGCAGCCCUACCUGAUGUUACUGCUAAGUUACUGUGCUGAAGUUACUGUCAAGGCUCAAUUAUACUUCCUUCGUAUUGAAAAAUGAAUGUAUCUGUUUGAAAUGUUGUUAAUGUCACUGCUCACAUAGUUUGAUGCAUCAUUUACAUUGUCACAUAAGGAAUACAUCCAGUAGAAACAUGGUGAAGGAGG